AUGAAGAAACGCGAGGAACAAGCGAAAGCUCUGCGAAAAGAUAAAAACAUGGUCAGUUAAGCAUUUUAUGAAAUAAAAUUGAAAAAAACAGCAUUUCUUUGUUAGGAUUUUGAAGUGAGAAAGGCUUGCCGUAUAAUUUUUUUUUAAUAUUUUAGGGCAUUCAUUUCAAAAUUAGUCCACAUGGGAAUCUUUUCAAACAAUUCUCGGGAGAAGAAUGAUAUUUCAAAGAUGCUUUUCAGUUGAAAGCACUCGGGCACAAUUUGACGAAAGAGCAACAGAAAGCCUCGCCAAGCAUCGACUACUACUUGUCUCUCCUGAAGCCGGACAUGGAGACUUUCAUGAACAAACACCGGGUCGAGUGCUUCGACUGGACUGAGUACUGUAUCAAAAGGCCGAUCGAUUGGAAGAAAAAGUUCAAAUUUGUUCGAACCUGCAACGCCUAUCAGGACGAAUUAUCCGCCAAAGUCGUUCUUUGCCUUUAUUUCUGUGUUCUCCGGGGAAACCGGCUGACUUAUUGGGCUCUUCCGGAAAAAUUCGAAGAUGACUUCGACAACUAUGUGCUUGAGGAACUUCUCUUGGCUUACAGGUAGGAUUAAAAAAAAGUUGAAGGGCUUUUUUCAAAGCCGAUUAACUUGAAAAGUGGCGAUUACUGUUCUCAAUUUUAUUAUUUUCUUCAAGGAACCUUCUUAAAUUCGCAAUUUGAACUUAUGUCGUGUUCAAAGGGAUUCCGCGAAAUUUAAAAUAGAAAGUGAUGCCGUGUUCAAUUUAAUUACGCGAAAUGCAAAAUACCCGUUAGAGAAAGGAAAAGAUAACUAAAUUUUGGAGAGUCAGACAUGGUUUUGAAUUUUGCGGAAAUCACUUUGAACACGGCAAAAAAUUUCGACUAAAGUUUUUUUUUAAAUAUAAAAUUUCGUUUUUUCACGUUCUCUAAUAUAUUUCGUUUUUGAUUACCAGUUUCUUUUUAAACUCCUCGAAAAUGCUGAAAUAUGUUUAUAGCUGAUUCACGGCCAGCUUGGGACGCUCAGAGGACGUGUCCUGUGUGCGCUCUCCACGAGCUAGGCACUGUCUCGUGCAUUAUCGUCUCAGGACCUUUUAUUCAAUGGCUCAAGCCAGCCCACGGCGUUCCCAAACGGGGUGGCAAGACGUCAAAAAAAUUUUGGCGCGAAAUUUGAAAUCUACAUUACUUCAGCCGAAGGCGAUCGAACAAACAAGUUAUUAACGUUGAAUACUCAGUUUAAUUUGUGACGUAGAAUGACGUCAUUUCAUCCGUAGCGCGCACAAAAUUUUUUCUGUAAAUCUAGAAACUUUGACGCCUCGCUCACCCCCACUAGGAACGCCGUGCAGCCGUGAACAGCUAUAUGCCGUGUUCAAAGUAAUUUCCGCGAAAUGCAAAAUGAUCUCUGACUCUCCAAAAUUUAGUGAUCUUUUCCUUUCUCUAACGGGUAUUUUGCAUUUCGCGGAAAUUACUUUGAACACGGCAAUAAUACAAGAUCAAAAUUCGAGGUUUUACGCGCAUUUUUCAUAGACCAUUCCGCGCUAGCUUGUCACGUUUUUCUUUCCGCCAAAAGGCUAGGUCAAAUUUAACCAACUUUCGCUCCAAGACCUUUGUUUCUUGCCGUUAUAAAAGCAGAAAUUUGAUCUAAUUUGGUAUACGGUCUUUUUGGCGAUAAGAAAAACCUGACAAGCUGGCGCGGAAUAGGCUAUAAGCAUGCUGGAAAAGGUCGCUUUUUUGUGCCUAUUUUCUGAAUUUCGAGAAGUUUUUUGGGCUUUCUUAAGGUGUUAACAGUUUUAAAGCGCUUAUUCCUUCAGUUUUCAAAAAGUUUGGUUAUUAAAAUUACAAAAAGUUCACUUUUUUUUGGGUUUUUGUAUUUUCGGCAAGAAUUUUCGCCGGCGGGCGGACUAUAAAUUAUACUAGAAUGGACUAAAAAACUUCGAAAAUGGAACAAAAAAAUGGUCACUUCGAAAAAGCGACCGACUUUUCCAGAAUCGCUUUUUUUACGAUUUUUUUGAAAAUAUUUUUGUUUUUAGAUUGACCCCGGUGGAUGUUUUUCACGAAUACAAGCCGACCGUGCUGGAAUUCAUGCGAAUCCACGGAUUCCGCGUGAUUUUCCACCAUCGGGCCAGCGCUCUCCGGACCAAAUUGGAGCAUUCUUGGCUCCUCUCCUCGCAUGGUCUUCUGACCGCCAUUUUGGCCUUGGAAAGAGGCGCCGCCAUCAAAUUCCUCACACUUCACAUGUCGGCCAUGAGGAACGCGACGAAGUUGUGGAAACUCGACGACGACGAAGAUUACUUCGACGUGCGACAGAUGCAGAAAAUCAUGUGUUAUCAUGCACAGAGAUGCGGGCUCUUCUACAAGAAUAUCAUCGAUACGGCGGUUUAUUUUAAGUUCAUUUGGCCCCAUAUGUCGGCUGGAUCCCACCCGGGCUAUUUCAGUACAUUUUCAAAAAAAAUUUUUUCGCGCGUAAGCGGCUGGGGUGGGAUUCAGCCAUGUAUUUUAGGCUCAUAAAAAAAUGUGGGCACUUUUUUUAAAAAAUUCUUCUGUCUUUCAUUGCCAGCUCAAUAGAAUAAUAAACUUAUUAGACAACUUUUCACCCCCCACGAAACUUUGCUGAAUGGUACCUUAUGCCCUUCUUAUUGCAGAGCAAGAAUCUCUUUCAAAUUAACGCUUUUUUUGACUGAAUUCGAGCAUUGUGGAGUUUUUAAUAAAAAAUAUUCACCAAAAGUUCAACCGGGGGGUAAAAACGUUCCCUAGUCAGGAAUUUAUACGCUCCGCAAACCUCACUAAUGAUCUUUUAUCUGAUUUUUUCCUGAUUUUGAAGAUUACUAUCAAGAAAUUAAAACUCUAAAGUUGAAAGAUCAUCCAAAACAUCGAAAUUUGGACUUUCUAGAGCUUUUUUCAAUCUUUCAACGUUUUUUUUUUUUGAAAUGUAUUUCGAUCAUUUCUUCCGAUCCAUUAAAUCCUACGUUUUGCCAACUUCAUUAUUAUUUUUUUCUAUUCGAUGUUCUCCAGUUUUGAAAAAAACAAUAAAAUGAAAAAAAUAAAAAAAUCAAGAAAUUAAAAAAAUUAAAAAAAUACUCGAUAUCAGUCAAAAAGCGUUAGAAAAACGUUCAAUUACGAUUUUUGUUGACUUUUUUUCAAAAAAAUCUAAUAAGAAGUUUUUGGCAAUAUUCCAGCUCAAAUUCGACUCUUUUUAUACCCGAAAUUGACCUUAAAAAAAUUGAGCUGUUUUUUUGAAUUUGGGGAAUUUUAAAAAAAUUACGUUUUUUUGAAAAAUUUUUUUAUAUGAAGUUUUAUUGUGAAAAAAACUAAUUUUUUUCAUUUUCCCUCCUUUUUAAUAGUCAUGGUUGGAAAAACUUCUUCACCGAAUUCACUGAUAGGUAUAAAUAAAUUCGAAGAAAUGAGAAAAAAAAAACAUGGACAUUUUUACAGCACUAAUGGCCUUUUUCAGAUCGAUCUGGCCCGUUCGUUCGACUUAUGGGAAGACGAAAUGGUCCAUUUCGCCUGGGCGCCGAGCAUUUUCGUCGAAUGGAGCAACCGCGGCUACUACGUCGGGACUCCCGCGUUGGAGGCUCUUUGGAAUACGCGACACGUCGAAGAUCUCCACGAUCCCCUGGCCGAACGUCUCGUGGAGACUUCCAUGAACCGUCUUCCACAGUAUCCGCUCAUCGUGAAGCCGGGACCUCCCAGGGUUCACGACUUCGUGCUGACCGGCGUCUCUCGAGGACGCGCUCAACAACUGACUGCGUUCAAUCGUCGCUCCGAAAUCAAGGUUCUCUAUAUAGUCCGUCCACAGCGAAUUGACAGUUCUUGGGUGUCUGCGUCUCUCUGGUCCCUCACCGGCGAGGUCAGAGAAACAUGAAAAUAGCACGUAAACAUGAGAGGAUUGCCGAGAGACGAGGAGGGCGCAGAGAAGUCCUUUCAAGUCGCAAAAAAUGGACUAUAGUUGACCUCGCUCAAAAACGCCGUUUAAGCCUCAAAUCAAAGCUUGAGCUUUUCAAACUCAAAUAACUUUCCGGCGAUUUAAAAGCUUCAUUUUCCCCAGCGUUUUUUUGACGACGCUUUCCGUAAAGUGUGGUGUGUUGUGUGCAUGCACUGCGGCGCUCUCGCACAUACCGUGAAUCGUUUCUGAAUUUCCGAAAUUCAAUUGUUUUUUCUAGGACUUUUGGAAAGAGAAAAAACUAUAUAAUUGAUGCUUUCAAUAGAAGAGGUCUUUAUUGAAGUGUUCUGCCUUUUCUUGGGCAAGAUUUUCGAGAAGUCUUGUAACAUAGCCGAAUUUGGAAGGACCCUUCAAGGGCGCUUGUUAUGGAUCAAAAGGUUUCCAUUAUAUGUUCCUAAACGGGUGACAACGGUUUCCUUUUUGCUGCCUUUUUCCGUCCUUUCAUCGGCCUUUUUCCACCCUUUUUGGACCCUUUGAGAAACACAAAAUUUAAAUUGAGAAAAAUCUUUACUGUGUAUGGACCAAAAUGUGCUACAGUUAUAAUAUCGGAAAUAAUCAAUUUCCGAGACGUUCAGCACCCUUUUUUGAGGCCACCAAGAAAGAAAGGCCGCAAAACGGAACCCUUUUUGCGGCCAUUUUGCACCCGUUUUCCGCACUUCCGACUUUGGUAGUGGAAAUUGGCUUAAUGAACCGAGUCCAGUAUCAUCUUUUCAAACCGCAAAAAUCAGAACUUGACCAGACUCUUAUUAAAGGCGAUGCUGGCUCUGGACGGGAAAAAACUCGUCAAAAGGACCAAGAUCUACGAGCAGAAGUUCGACAGCGUCGAGUUGACCAUGAAGCCUGACCAGCUCGAGGAGAAGUGGAUGAAGGAAAUCCGCGAGAAAGUCUUGGCUUAUCAGGAAUCCACCAAAGAAGAUGAUCACUGA